UUUCGAAUAUGUGAAGAUAUAUGUAUGUAGUAAGCAGAUGUUCCUCCCACGCGGCUCGACCCUGACACUGAUCGUAAAUCAUUAGCCUUACACCCUUCAAACCGAAAACAACAGCUGCUCCGGCCGGAACGAGCCCCCAAAAUCAGGCGGAGAGCGAGAGCUAUUGAUAAACCUAUAGAGCCUCUCGCGGGGGCCGCCAGCUGAUUUCACGCUGGAGAUCUCACAAAAAUAAUGCCAAGAAGAAGCGCCAGCGGCGGCCACCAGCGAUUCGCGUUCGCGUUCGCGCCGCAUUUCAACUUCAAACGCGAGAAAAGUAGCACAGCGCGGAUAGAUACGCGGAUGCGUGGAGCGAUUAAGCGGCGUGGCGCGCAAAAACAAAUUUUUUCUAUUUUUUGAUUAUGUAUUUAGCAUAGAGAGCAAAUGGCAAAGCCAAAACAAUUCCAUCCGUAUAUUUAGCCUACCUGUGCGCGAACGAUGACAAUGGAAUAUUCUGAAUGAAAAACGGCUCCGCUCGGAUAAACAGUUUUCGUCUUGGAUAUAAAUAUUUAAAAUAUACAAAAAAUCAUCGCCAUGGCGGGUAGAAGUGCUGUGAAAUAUAUUUCCCUAUUUAUCACGAUCUUAAUAAGACUGAGCCAAGCCGUCGAGAAGACUGAUGGCCAUGAAGCAACCACCACCACCACCACCACAAUGGUGGCCACCACAACCACGAAGAUCACUACGACGCCGGACUUCACCAGCGGUUGCUUUGAUUGGACAUCUGCUCCGGAGGCAGCGGGAGGAAACUGUUCCAGAUUGACCCGGAACGGAACCCUGAAGUGCUAUGGCGGGAUGAAUAACCUGGCCGCUUUGACAAAACUCAGCCGCCAUCAGCCAGCGCUGGAAAUGCUUCUCUGCGGCUGGCCACACGAUGGAUUCAAUCCCCUCAAGGAGCUCCAGAAGCUGCCCCGUCUCCGCUCCCUCACCAUCGAGUACAGUGGCUUCACUGAGUUCAAGUUCGAUUUUCCGGAAAUGCACGACCUGCAGACCAUCAACAUUUCGUGGACGAAUCUCUCGUACAUUUCCUCACGUACCUUCAAGCGAGUGCAUUUCCUCAAGGUCCUGGACCUGCGCUGGAACCAGCUCAUCCAACUGGAUGGACCGCUGUUGCUGCCCCGCAAUUUCGAGCAGCUGUAUCUGGCGGGGAAUCCCUGGAACUGCACAAGGAACUUCAAGUGGAUGCUGCUGCAGCCGGAGAAGGGGAGACUGGUGGUGGACAGGGAUGAGCUCAUUUGCACGGAUCGCAAGUACAAGGAACGCCAGAUGCUGCUCGUCAUGCACUACAAAUUGGAGUUGAAAACGCAAUGCCAGUCUCAUGAGGAUUUGAGGAACUGCACUUGCCUGAUGCAUCAUAUCUUGCCCAAGACGCACAUUCCCUUAUACACGGUGAACUGCUCCCACCUGCAGUUCCAUCGAUUGCCAGCCUUUUUGCCAGAGAACACAACCACGUUGACCAUUAACGAUAAUAUGAUCAGUGACAUCAAUCCGCUACGGAACAAUCCCCACUACCGCCACGUGGUGGAUAUCCAGCUGGAGAACAAUCGUGUGGCCAAUGUGGACGACCUUGAGGACACCUACUGGCUGCAGAACUUCCGGCUGCUCAACUUGCGGGGCAACAACCUCCGGAAGCUGCACGUCUACGCCCUGGACAAUGCGCUGAAUGACAACGAGAAUGCCAAUCUCUUGCUGCUCAGCCGGAAUCCCUGGCAUUGCACCUGCAAGUUUGGGAGUAGAUUGCGCGAGCUGCUCACCAAGUACAAGGACAUUGUUAGGGAUGCCUGGAAUGUGUCCUGCACCUACAUGCAGGAGGAUGAGCAGCGGCUGGCCAAGGUGCUGACCUUGAGUCGCCAGGAUAUGUGCAAUGUCAGCGUGGACAGUGGACCGCUGAUUCAUCCCAUUGAUUGGCUAAACGCAGUACUGGCGAGCCUCAUCCUUCUCAUCCUGGGCAAGCUGGCCUUCGAUUACUAUCAUUACAAGUAUUACGGACGAGUUCCUUGGAUCGUGAUGAAAAUGCCUUAGCUUUAAUGAGUUUUAACUUGGGAUAGAUACCGGGAGAAAAGGUUCAAAUCGUUAUAAGAAAUAUUCUAUUUCACUUCGUAUCACAUUUAAAAUUUUAAAAUGAUCGAAAUAAUCGGAAUGUACAUUAUUAUUGUUAUUAAUUUUUGCCUUCCCCAAUGUCAAGCUCGGAAAAAAGUAUUUCUCAAACACAGACGACAACGCGACGGUUUUGUCGGUUUAUUUUUCGAAAAUCUACAAAACAAUACCGAUCUUUGUAUCAUAUAUGAAUA